AUGACAGAAUCAUCGCUAUCCGUGACUCGCGUGCGGCAGCAGCAUGGAUUCCCGGCUCGCGCUCUUCGCGCUUCUCCUCGCCGCCGUCCUUGUCUCAGCGAGCGCCAAGGUGGAGAAGGACGUCAAGCAGCUGCAGAUCGGCGUCAAGGUGAGCGCCAUGCCGUCAAGUUCAAGCCGGAGACAUGCCACACCAAGGCGCGCAACCUCGACACUGUCAGGGUUCACUACAAGGGCAUGCUGGUGGAUGGCAGCGUGUUUGACUCGAGCUACGAGCGCGGCGACCCGCUGCAGUUCCGCCUGGGACAGGGCAACGUGAUCAAGGGGUGGGACAUAGGCAUUCUGGGCAUGUGUGUGGGCGAGAAGCGCAAGCUCAAGAUCCCGCCGCACAUGGGGUACGGCGAGUCGGGCUCGCCACCCAAGAUCCCCGGCGGGGCGACGCUCAUCUUUGAGACGGAGCUGGUGGAGAUCGUGGGGGCCAAGCCUGAUGACGACGAGCUCUGA